GACGUCACGAUGGGCUCCCGGUCGAGGAGCCCCGGAGCGGUGCCUGCGUGGAAAGCCACGGUCUUCCUCCUGAACAUCAUCUCGGCCGCCGUGGCCAAAAGACACGUCGUUUACUGGAACUCGACAAACACAAGGUUAACGGGCGGAGAUCUGUCCGUGCAGGUGAGUCUGAACGACUACCUGGACAUCUACUGCCCCCACUACCCGGAGGAGGGGGCCCCGGGGCCCGGGCCCCCGGAGACGCUGGCCCUGUACCUGGUGGCGGAGGCCUCGUUCCAGGGGUGCGUGGAGACGAGGGGCGCCAUCAAAAGGUGGGAGUGCAACACCCCCCGCGCGCCGUUCGGACCCGUGCGCUUCUCGGAGAAGAUCCAGAGGUUCACGCCGUUCUCCCUGGGCUUCGAGUUCCUGCCGGGGCGGCACUACUACUACAGCUCUCUGCCCACAGAUGAAGGUCCUCCUCUGCCGUGCAUGAAGCUGCGCGUCACCGUGUGCUGCGAGUCCAAAACAGAGGGCUCAAAACAAAUACAAGAAGCAACCAAACCCCCGCCUCAUGCCCGUUUCCCUUCCUCCUCCUCAGACACGGCCCCUGAAGGCGCCGGCGCCUCGCUGACGGCGGCGUCCCGUCCGCUCCUCCUCGUCGCCGCCGUCCUCCUGUGGACCUGACGCCGCCAGCGGUGCCGCUGACCGUGGACCUGUUCUCCGCCGGAUCGGCACCAAUUAGUCAGACGUUCAAGUACACAGUGCAAUCUACACUCAGACCGCGAAUGACACAACGCAUGCUAUGCUAAGCUAAUGCAAAUGUCACACGUUACUGGACCUUGUGGCUUUUGCACCUGUGAAAUUCCAGGGAGAAUCAAAAAAAACAGGGAUGUGGUGACUCAGGGACUGACACGCCGAAUCAGUGUGAUUCAUUUCUUCUUAUUUUCCUCUCCCAGCUGUUGUGUAAGUGGGAGCCCAGCAUAUUACACAUAGACCCUGGCCUAGUCAUAAGAGUCAUAUUCUCCUACUCCUCUGCCAGAAGAACAAUGAGUCUGUCAGGACUUGUUCCAACAAACUUUUCUCACUUUUUCAUCUGUUUCUCCUUUCCCAUGUAUUGUGUUGUAUUUACUCUCUUCUGAGCGUCUGCCUCCAGUUGAAAGGCAGCCAAAUAAACACAUACAGUACUACUGCACUGAGUGGCUCAGGUCAGAGGUCAAUCAGUUUACAGGCUGUAAUGGACAGAUAAACAAAUGCAGGGUUUCAUAACCACAUUUGCAUAUUGUACCAUUUCCAACUAAGUUGAUUUUGGAAAUAUAUAAAUUUAAGGACAGUUUUGACGUUUUUCUAAAAUAGUGAGGCAGGGCUGCUACGCCCCCUACUGGGAUUAAACUGGUUUAACUGGACUUGGACUGGGCUGGCCAUGAAGCCAGAACCUGGACGCGAUGUUCUAGUGGUGUGUGGCGAUGAUGAGGCCCAGGACUGAUGAUCUGUUUCUCCCAGUCUGAGAGGACUCCCUGCUGUUGUGUCCCCACUGCUCCCUGUGCUUCAGCGUACAGCAGAGAACAGAGGGGUUUAUGGGUAAACAGAGCGUGGGCUCGUCACGCUUUGCCAAGCGUGCUGCAGACCACUGAGCAGUCCUAUUGGUUGACCCAGCAGGUGUGAUGGUGUGUACACAAGCCUUUUGUUCCAUUCGUGGUUCUUGUACACAGAAACCUUAAUUUUAGUUUUCCUGUACUGGUAACAUAUGACACUGUUUACUACAUGAUUAAUGGGGUCAUGCUUUUUGAUACUUAAUGAAAUGUCUGACAAGAAAAUAACUAAAAUAAUGAUUUAUAUGAACAUACACGAAUUUCCUUCUUGCCAAUAUGCUGUGCUACAAGGGAGUUUCUCAAGUUAAAUAACUUGAUGCUGGAAUUUAGUUCAUUUGAUGUUAAAUUGAGAAAAUAACUGAUUCAAAUUAAAUAUUUUACAGAUUUUUUGAAAACAUAUGUAAUAUUUUACACAAAUAUUUGUCUGUUUUCUGUAUUUUUAAGUUUACACCAUUUUCCCAAUAUUUGAGUGGUCUGGGGUAAUAAGUAUAAUUGUACAGUUAAUUAUAUCAUUAUAAGUCUUCUCCUAGCACUUAAUAAAUAUAUAUCUAUAUUUGUGAGGCAAAUACUUGGGUGUGGAUACGCUGUAAAUCAUGUCAUCACCAGUCAUGCAAUUGUGUUUGUUAAUUCCCUAAAUAGGCUUCAUGACCUCUGUAUAAAUUGUUGAAUAACUUUGGUGACGUAGGUUUUUACCAAGGAGUAGAAUUCUGUUUUUUUAAGUGUGUGCAACUUGUUUUGCUUUCACAUUUUAGUGAAGAAUGUAGCUUCUUCUGUGAAGAGCCAACUGCAAUCUGAGCCUUUUUUACACGGCAGGACAACAAAAUAAAUCUGAUUGCAUUAAA